AGGCCGGGCGAGCAACACGUGUGGGGAUGGGAACUGAGUGGGAAGUGAAGUGAAUUCGUAGUUCGUACAUAACCUAUUAAUAAAGCCUAUGUGAAGUGAGUAUUACUGGACAAAAUUAAUAUGGUGAAAGUAAGGAAAUCAAAUCUGGGAUGGACCCCUGUUCAGUUAAAUGAAGGAAUUUUAGCAGGAGGAAUAGAAGGGUUAAUUGGCAUUGAAGAGCUGACUGAACAAACAGUCUACAAACUUGAAAGAAAUGAUGACCUACCAAGUAAGGAAAGAAGAAAAAAAUCCAAAAUUAAAUUACAUAAACCAAUGAAGAGUUCAAGUAAACGCUGUUCUAAACACAAUAUGGCCAAGAAAACUAAAUUCAAAGUGGAAUCAACCAUUAAUGAAACAAUAGAUAGUAACAGUAAUGAAGACCAUGUUGGCAAAGUAAUGCCUGCAUUAAUAUCUACUCCUACUUUCAGUGAUGAAAAUUGUAGUAUGCCUGGUAAGGAAGAAACUAAUCUUGACACACUAUCGUGGUCUUCAUUGUUUGUACCUGCACCCGUUGUUAAAGCUUUAAUGGAGUUAGGAUUUAAAGAACCUACAGAAAUACAAAGAUUGUCUAUUCCUCCAGCUAUUAAAGGACGUAGAGAUAUCCUAGGAGCAGCUGAGACAGGAAGUGGAAAAACAUUGGCUUUCGGUAUACCAAUCAUUGAUGGAAUCUUAAAUGGUGUAAAUAAUGAGUCAAAUACAACCGAUGAGGAGGAUAGUGCCUCGGAGAGUGAUCAGGAAGAUGGAGACAUUGAUGGCCUAGGUUGUGUGCGUGUCAUCAAUCUGGGAAAGGCUGAUAAAACUCAUCAACAAAGACCAGCACAAAAACUCUGGGCUCUAAUUCUGACACCUACCAGAGAAUUGGCAGUUCAAGUCAAAGACCAUCUAGUUGCAGCUUUGAAAUAUACAGAUAUUAAAGUAGUGGCACUGGUAGGUGGGAUGUCCAUGCAGAAGCAGCAGCGAUUGCUGAAACGUCAACCUCACAUUGUGAUAGCCACCCCUGGCCGGCUGUGGGAGCUGAUAUCUCAGGGAGAACCACACUUGAGUAACAUCGAGGACAUCAGAUACCUUGCUAUCGAUGAGACCGACAGGAUGACUGAGGUGAACCACUUCCCAGAGCUACGUUCCCUAUUGGAGCGGAUCAACAUAGAUCCAGUCAAACAGAAACAGCGGCAAAAUUUUGUAUUCUCCGCAACACUUACUUUAGUUCAUGACCUACCUCUACACACCAAAUUAAAAAAUAAGAAGAAGAACAAGAAAAAAGAACUUGUUCUUUCUUCCAGUGAUAAAUUGAAGAAGCUUGUAAAUCUUAUUGGCAUGACAAAUCCAAAAAUAAUUGAUGUAACAAAGAAAACAGGAACAUCAGAAUUGUUGACUGAAAGUUCAAUAGUGUGUAGCCUGGAACAGAAGGACUACUAUCUGUAUUACUUCCUGGUUAGGCACCCAGGACGUACUCUGGUGUUUUGUAACAGCAUAUCGUGUGUACGACGUAUGGCAUCAUUGUUGUCCCUACUGGGUGUGCGGCCUCUGCCCCUGCAUGCCAAUAUGUUGCAGAAACAACGGCUAAAGAAUCUAGAGAGGUUCCGAGACAGUCCAGAUGGGUUGCUGCUGGCAACUGAUGUGGCUGCCAGAGGUCUAGACAUUCCUAAUGUUCAGCAUGUCAUCCACUACCAGGUCCCUCGCACCUCGGAGACGUAUGUGCACCGCAGUGGUCGUACAGCCCGAGCCAACAAUGAGGGACUCACGCUGAUGUUGAUUGAGACUGCAGAACAGAAACUGUACCUACGUCUCAUGAAGACUCUCAAUCGAGAGAAAGAGCUGCCUCGUUUUCCAAUUGUGAGUGGGCUUAUGGAAGCGGUAAAGUUACGAGUCAACUUGGCUCGGGAAAUAGAUGGUAUGCAGCUGGAGUACAAGCGGGCUACCAGUAAGGUCAGCUGGGUUCAGAAAGCGGCUGAAGAGAUGGACCUAUUGUUGGAUGAAGAUGAAAUGCCAGACAAGGUGAACGAUAGAACAUCAGCUAUCAUUAAAAGAAAAAUUGAGGUCAAGAUGAAGCAGCUGAAGAUGCUACUGAAAAAGUCUUUGACCAAUCAUACUUUCUCAUACAUAUAUCCUUCCCUGAACAAUGCAGUAGAGAAUUUUAAGUCUGAGCAGUCAGCCAUCGAGGCUGUCAGGUCAGCUACGGAGGACAAUCAGAAGAAACGGAAGAGGAGAAAUCAGAGGCCAUUCAGGAGUAAGAAAAAGAAACCAUCUGCAAGUAAUACAGAGUGAUUUGUUUUGUUUUUAUAUAAAUGUAUAUAAACCAUGUUUUAUUAAAA